GGCCGCCACCGGCCGGGGCGGCCGCCGGCCCGCGCGGAUCACUCGUCCCCGCGACCCUCGCGCCGCGCGCACUGAUAGUAGUCGACGACAGCGUGUGUCCGAGACAUGUCCUCACGCCCGUCACCGGCCUGCUCCUCCCAGCGACAUGCCGCCCGCGGCUAACUACGACGUCGCUGCCGACCUCAACGCGUCCACCACCACCGCCUCGAUGUCGCCGUCGUCGUGCGGGUCGUGCUCGUCGACGCCGCCAGCCACCCCGCCGGAGGUGGUAAACUGGGACCACAUUGAGAACGAGGCGCGCGUCACGUGGUACAUCUACGCUUUGGGCUGCGGCGGCGGGCUGCUCGUCGUCCUGGCCGUGCUCGCUGUCCUGCACCACAGGGGGCUGCUGUUUGGGAGGUCGAAUAAGCUGCGGCGGCCGAGCCACGCCCAGCCCUGGCGCCACUGGGGCAGCCCGCGCUCACGGCUGCCCUCGCUGUUCGACCUGCUGCACGUCCCCGGCACCAAGAGCAGGAAGUCGUCCAGCGCUCUCGACCUCGAGUCCGAGCUGCCGCCACCCGCGUAUCAGCCCGGGGCCCUGCUCCAGGUCCCCGUCGAGGUCCUGGGUCCCCUGCCUGCAAGCGCCCCUUCGUACCCCGCCAAUGCACUGACAGCUGCAGCAGGCGCAGCUGGAGGCGCCGAGGAGUCACCCUACACCAUCAGCGGUGGCCACCGCACCCCCGCGCACCUGUCGCACCUGGCGGACCCCGAGCUGCACCUGGGGACCGCGGCCGAGGCCAGCACCCUGCCCAAGUGAAAGUGCGAGUGAGCGAGCGAGUGGGCGCACGCCCACCCCUUCGUGUGAGAGUGAGAGUGAGAGACGGCGGACUAAACUGAUCAGGUGGGAAGCUCUGGCUGCCGACACGUCCCUGUCGGCAUGCGGCAUGUUAUGCGAUGCCUGUAACGUGUACCCGUAGCUUCAGCUAAUCCCUCCAUACUCGUGCCAUGUGUAAUCUCAUAAUAAGCAUACCGAUUGUAUUAAUUUCAUCUUAUAAUAAAAUAAGGCUAUAGCUCGAUAA